AUGUUUGAGCUUGGUGUGUCUUUACUCAGCUCUGAUGACCUGAUCAUUUCCAUAGAUACCGCAAUAUGUCACCAUAUAUGUAAGGGGUUUGUUGGGACCAGGAGAUACACUGAAGAGGUAGAGUGUAAAUGGUCCCCAGACAGUAGCUGUAUUGCAGUUGCAGGUUCAUUUGGGAUGUUGUUUGUUGUGACACGGAAAGCUCUCAAACUCAAAUUUUGCUUCCAAAAGGACUUGGAAUUACCUGUAUGUACCAUAAACAAUGCAAGAUCUUUUGAUUUUGAUCCUCGUUACCGUCAUUCCCGUCUGGCCAUAGCAACAACUGAUAACUUUCUGUACACUAUCAACAUAAACAAGAAAUCUGUGAUAGCGGAAGUUGCUGUGGAGUCUAAGGAUGUAAAAGGCACCAUUCAUUGUGUGAGUUACAACAAGGAUGGCACCUUGCUGGCAGUUGCUACCUCUGAGGCAACUGUGCACAUGUUUAACUGUGAUAAUGCUACACUGCUGUACAAACUGGAAGACCAUGAGAAUGCAGGGCCUCGGAGUGUGGGAUUUUAUAUAGAUCUGUAUCCAACUAUUGUCAGGAUGAGCUUCAGUUGUGCUGGAAAGCACAUGGCAACUUCAUCAACAGAUGGAAUGAUAAGACUGUGGCAGUUGCCGACCACACUGAAUCUGCAACAUUUGUGUAAAAUAACUAUUCUGCAAAAUGUGCCCAUUAAUAAAGUGAUGCAGUUACCAAUACCUAAACAGUUGGCACUAUACUUGCUCAACUGGCCCACAGCAGAGUAAAAUAUUUUGUCAGAGUUAUUUCAAACCUAAGUUUUGGAAAAUUUUUUCGUGUUCUGGAUUUUUAGAACACCAUAGUGCACAUCCCAUUUCCUGUGCAUGCAUAAAUGUGUAAUUUUUUUACACAGAGGUUCUUGCUAGCAUGUAAACUUAUUUUAGAACAGCUGAUUAUCUCUUAUUUGAGCAAAAGAAAAUGAUAUUCCAUUUGUGUACCCUUUUAGUUACGACCAUACAAAAGAUAUUUACUGGUUAUAUGACAGAACCUGUGGAAGCAUAUAUCCAUUCACUUCCUUCAUAUAUCAAGUAAAAAAUAGCUGGUGGAUGAACCUGGCCCAGAGGUGCCAAAAUAACACAAUUACAGUCUUUUUCACGAUGUAACUGCCCAUCAUUCUCUCAUUAUAUCUCUUUUUCACUUCGGCUUUGGAUUGAACAGAGCAUUUCACAAAGUAGGUGAAGGUACAUUUUUCAAUUUUUAACAGUUGACUGUGGCGCGAGUCCUGUUGUGUACAUGCUAUUAUAAUCAAGGGGGAAAUUAUCAAUAAAACAAAUUUAUGAUAA